UUUCCGUCAAUAAUACAUUUGAUUUAAAAGUAAUACAAAUAUUUGUUAAUUAAUAAAGCUUAGCUAUUUAUUAUGGAAUCUGAGAGAAAAGAGAUCGAAUAGAGCGAGGAAGACCAACUAUCUGAAUACACAGAAGUUUUCUCUUGGGGAUCUGAUGAGGAAGGAUAAAUGGGUUUAGGAGAAAACAAAAGAAAUUCUGUAUUUUACUAUCCUAGAGUUUGCUCUUUUUAGAUAGUUAUCCAUUAGCUAGCCUGUGGAUUAGACCACACUGCAUUUGUUGCAAAAAAUGGAUAUUUAUAUACUAUGGGAAGCAACGCUUUGGGAAAACUUGGUAUAGGACAACAAAGUCUACAAAAUUCAUUUUAACCUUAACUAGUAAGUGCUCUUUCAAAAUAUAAAGUUAUGCAAGUAAGCUGUGGCCACUCUCAUACUUGCGCAAUAAUAGAUUCAGGAGAACUUUUUAGUUGGGGAGACUCAAGUGAGGGUUAAUUAGGAAUAAAUAGCAAUGGAUCUCAUUACAAUCCUUAGCUAGUUAAUUUUAGUGAUCUAAAAGGAAUCAAUACAUUCGUUACUGAUGUUUCUUGUGGCUAUUACCAUACUGUAGCUGUUUUAAAAAAUGGAUAAGUUUGCUCUUUUGGAAGUGGCAAAAAGGGUUAGCUUGGAACAGGAAAUUAGAAUAAAUAGUAUAAACCAUUCUUACUUAAUAGUUUAAGUUAGAUAAUCAAGGUUAAAUGUGGUUUCUAUCAUACUCUAUUUUUAGAUGAAUCUGGAAGAGUUUAUAGUUGUGGUUUAAAUGAUGAAGGAUAAUUAGGUUAAGGACAUAAUGAAGGUAAUAUAUCUUCUCCAAGAUUAGUUUUAGAAUUGGAGCAUUCUUUUAUUAAAAAAAUAUUUGCUGGCUCUCACUCUGCUGCUAUAACUGAUGCUAAUGAAAUAUAUUUCUUUGGUAAAAGUUAACUUGGAUAGUUCCUUUAUCCAUAACUCGUUAGGAUUUGUCAAGGAGAUGUUAAUGAAAUAAGUAUUGGCAACCACUUUGGAGUAGCUGUAACAUAUGAUGGUAAAGUCUAUUCAUGGGGAAUAAACCAGUAAGGUUAAUUGGGAUAGGGUGAUAGCGAUGUUCGUAUAAUUCCAUCUUUAGUAGAACCUUUAAAUGAAAAAAAAGUUAUUUCUGCAACAUGCGGAGAAAAUUAUGUUAUUUGUUUAGGAUAGGUUAUGAAUAGUAGAUUAGCUAAGCUAGCUUCUCAAAAAAAGAUGUUAAAAUUUUAAUCUCCUGACAAUAACAAUAACAGUUUAAUAAAUGUUGAUAAAGAAGGUAAAAAUGAAUAUCCUUCUUCAAAAAGUUAGUCGCCUUCAAAGAAUGGAAUGAUUAAAUCAUAGUCUUAACUUAUCCUUGCUAAUAAAUUAGACUAAUAAAAUGAAAUAUCUAAAUAAUAUGAUGAAUAAGAUAAGUUAAAUAGUAUUUAUCUUCCUAGUGGGUUUUAGAAAAAAAUGAAGCAUUCCAAAAGCUUUUAUUCUCCUAUUGAGAGUGGAAUUUUCAGCAAUCAAUUUUCACCUGAAAAAAACUAAUAGAAUGGAAGUCUUCUAAUAGCAAGCUAAAAAGACAAAAUAUUUAAUCAUCUAUGUUUAAAGAACGCCUAAGAUAAACUAUAAAAUAAUUCAUCUUUCCAUACAGGACAAAAGAAGUAAAAUCCAAGUGAAUCAAUAGCAGAAUUAUCAACUAAAGAUGGAAUCAAAUAAUCUCCUUCGAUUCAAUUUGAUGUUAAAAAUAACCAUGUUUAAGAUUUUUCAAAAUAAUUACCCAAUCAACAAUUUUUUUAAAAUAUGGAAAAUAUUUAAGACUCUAUCAACUGGGAAAUGUAAUUACAGGAUAGGAAAGGGUUGAAGGAUUAAAUACAAAAUUUAGAAAGACAGAUUUAAAAUAAAAAUGAGUUUAUAAUUAAAUUGUAAAAAGAAAACAAAGAAUUAAAAGAAUAAAUACAAAAUAAGAACUACUCUGAUUCCUAAUUAGAAAAAGAACAAAAACUUAAACAAGAAAAAUGUGAUUUGCUUAUUGAAAAUGCUAACUUACAAAAGGAUAAUUCAUAGCUUCUAAAAGUUCUUUAACAGCAAGCUGACUAAAUAAAUGAGUUACUUCAAGAAAACAAAGAGCUAAAUGUAAAAAUAAAACACUAAAUUUAAUAGAAUGAGAUAUAAAAUAAGUAGGUAAAUUAAAAAUUAGUUAGUUAUACAGAAAAAAUACAGGAUCUUGAAAGAAUUUAUUCUGAUUAUGAUAGUUUAAAAAAUGAAAUACAAAUUAAAGAUGAAAGAAUUUAGAUUCUUGAGGACUAGACAAUUUACUUAAAAAGAUAGAUUGAAAUGCUAUAAAAAAAUUAAAAUCAUUAGCGAGUAUUUGCUGACCCUCUUUCUCAGUAUUCAAGUCCCAAAAACUAACAUCAUAAUAACUCUCAACCUUUGUAAAUAGAUAUUUCUAAUUACGAGACUGUUAGAAAUAAUUAUUUAGAUCUUAAAAACGAAAAGAAAGGAAUGAAUGAAACAAAGAGAAACUUAUUAAAAAAUGUUAAUGAAAACUAAAGUCCAUACUUAAAUAGAAGCUAGCUAUACAAUAAUAAAUAUAAAAACCUACAACUUCCGUCAGAAAGAGAUCAUCUAAGUAAAAUCAAUAAAAAUUCAAUAAAUUCUAAAAGAGAUAGCCUAUAGUAAUUGAGUAUUAAUAGUCCAACUCAUGCUCUUAAUUUAUAGAUUUAGCCUUAAUUUUAGAAUUUAUAAAGCAAUAUGAAUAAAGAAAAAAAUGAUCUAAAUUAAAAUUAAUUUAUAAAUCCUAACUAAAAACGAAGCAUUCUCAAAAAUUCACCAAUUAAAUAAGCAAACUCGGGUUUUGAUUAGAAUGAUUAAGACUACAAUUGUAAGCCUAGUGUCUCAUUUACAGACUUAGAAUAAAUAAGUAACACUGUGACACCCUCUAGAUCUUAACACUAUACAGAGAGAUAACCUAAUUAGAGUUAGCUAAAAAAGGGGAAAAGCUGCAGCUUCUAUUAAACAAACGAAUUUAAUCCAAAUAGUGCCUAGUAAAAAGCUAGUUAAAAUGUUUCAAUUAAUGGGGGAAGUGGAUUUUUUACUCCCUUAAACACUAAGUUUCAACAAUCUCCACAACAAUACCCAAAAAUAGCUCAAAAUAAUUUCUGCAUAGCACCAUAGACAACAUAAUAUUCUUAAGCAUCAAAGCAGUUAGAUUUUUUGAGCUAAUAAAAAUAGCCAACAUAUGCAGCAUCUUAUGCUGAUUAGGAAUUCUAAAAAUCAUUAUCUAGAACUAAAUAGUAACUAGAAUAAAGAUUGAAUGAAUUCAGUAAAAAAUAAUUAAGUUAAAAUUUAUUUUGA